GGGACGCACGAGUCUCAGCUCCAGAGGACCAUCAGGAGGCUGAUAGCCAAAGCGUCCAGGAGAGGUCACGUGCUGGAGAUCCUGCAGACCUUCUCUGGAGCUCUGCACGGCUUCCUGGUCAAGAUGAGCAGUGACGUCCUUCCCCUGGCUGUGAAGCUCCCCCAUGUCCACUACAUUGAGGAGGACUCAUCUAUCUUUGCCCAGAGUGCCCCCUGGAACCUUCAGAGGUUACUGCGGCCGCACGGUUUCACCUCGGAAAAUGGAACAUAUCAACCUCCCAAUGAUGGAGGGAAGGCAGAGGUGUAUUUGAUGGAUGGUCGUGUUCAGAGUUCUCACAGAGAGGUUCAGGGACGAGUGCUCAUCACAGACUUCAACAACGUCCCUGAGGAGGACGGAGCCAGAGUUCAUAGACAGGCCAGUCAGUGUGACAUUCACGGCACACACAUAGCCGGGGUUGUGAGUGGGCUGGAUUCGGGUGUUGCUCGAGGCGCUGGUAUCAAGCUGGUCCGUGUGCUCAACUGUCAAGGGAAGGGCACGGUAUCAGGAGCUCUGGCAGGUCUGGAGUUCAUCCGAGCUACUUUACUGACCCGACCGGUGGAAGCAGUGGUUGUCCUGCUGCCUUUCAUCGCUGGCUUCAGUCGUUCAUUAAACGCAGCCUGUCGGGACAUGGUGGCUCACGGUGCUGUGGUGGUCGCUGCUGCAGGCAAUUACAGAGAUGAUGCCUGCCUCUACUCGCCUGCUUCAGAGCCUGAGGUCAUCACAGUCGGGGCAGUUAAUGCAGAGGACCAGCUCAUGUCACAGGGAGCAGGUGGCACUAACUUCGGCCGCUGUGUUGAUUUAUUUGCACCCGGCGAUGACAUCGUUAGUGCCAGCAGCGACUGCAGCACCUGCUUUACCACCAGAGGGGGCACAUCCCAAGCUGCUGCUCACACCGCAGGUGUAGCAGCAGUGAUCCUUUCGUCCAAUCAGAACAUGUCCCCGGUGCAGGUCCUGCACACGAUGCUGCGUUACUCCGUCAGCAACACGAUCAACCUCCUCUCUCUGUCUGACACACAUCGUCUCACUACUCCAAACCUGGUGGCAGCCAUGCCUCCUACCAGCAGCACAACAAAUGGGGAGCUUCUGUGUCGGUCCGUGUGGUCAGAGAGGUCAGGGGUUGCGAGCACCGACAGGGGUGUGAGUCGCUGUCGUCAGGGGGAGGAGAUGGUGGGAUGCAGCAGCUACGCUCCUGACGGUGUCCGUGUUGGAGAAACCAUCGAGAUGCACAGUGAGCAGAUGGAGUGUGUUGCCUACAAUGGUGCGAGGGGCAAUGGUGUGUACGCUGUGGCCCGUUGUUGUGCGAUAGGUGGUCUGCGGUGCCAGACCCACGCGAGUCCUGAGCCCGGCAAAGAUGCUGAGUGUGUCGACCCACAGCACCACUUGACAGGUUGUUCCUCUUGGUCCCCUGCUGAGGUCUCGUCUUAUUCCCGUCCACAUCUCAGCGAUCGGAGGCGCUGCGUUGCUAAAGACGGGGUGACGGCACACGCCGUGUGCUGCCACGCUCCAUCCCUGGAGUGCCACCUGUUGGAGAACAUAUCAGCUGAUAAAGACCACGUCCAGGUGUCCUGUCCCUCCGGUUGGACUCUGACGGACUGUAGAGCCGUCUCUCAGGCCUCUGCUGUCCUGGGGCCUGUUGCUAAGGGCAACAGUUGCAGUAUCCGCGGUGCAGCAGCAGCUGACGGUGUAGCAGCCGUCGCCGUCUGCUGUCGCAUAAGAGCAACAGAGGAGGCAGCCACAGCUCCACAAUGAGCCGACCCAACUCCUCUGUGAUGGCUUACACCUUGAAAACAGCUUAGCUUUAUCUCUAGUAGUCUUGAUGUCUUUAUCGCUCAUCAGCUGUGAUGUCAUUUAGACCCAUGAACACACCUUCACACUCACGUGACUGAUAAAACUUCCGUGAAAGUCAUGAGCUGUGUCUUAAUUUCAAAGGCUGUUUGAGCUAUUGGAUUAGAACGAACAUGAUAUAACAUAUAUUUACCAUAUACCAUACAUAGUUUGUAAAAUUCAACCAAAUAUUUUUGUAUCUUUUUACAAAACAAAAUAAAGAGCUUAUGAGUGUUUUUUUGGUUGAUGAUUUACUGCCUGUUUUCUCUUUACACAGUGAUUUGAGGUAGAAUAGAUGGAUUUAAGUGGUAGCUCUGUGUUUUAUAGGACAGGAUAUAGUUGUAUGGACCAUACUGUAUAUAUGAGCUAAUGUGGAGCACUUUAACAGGUAAAGGCAAAACACAGACUCCAACCAAAGGAUAUCCCAGUAAUCAGCCUGACAUGAGGAGAAUUUAGAACUUGAAGGAUCAUUAUCAAUGGCUCCGUUUGACAGUGAAUCUGCAUGGACUUUACCAGAGUGAAGCAGCUGAAUGCACAGACUGAAUCAGUCAGCACGUACUCUAUCUCCUGAAUGUAACAGAGGGCUGUGACUGCAGGUGGAGGAGGACGGCUCAGUCACAGCCCUGAUUAGCAGCCUCCGUAAUAAACAUGUCGCUCUGUG